AUGAAUGCAGAUCUUGUACAUGGGCGCGAUGUGAGGUCAAAGCGACGUCGGUAUUCUACCCUAAAGGGGUGCGGGGGUGGGCCAAAAAUCAAAAAGAUGUUUCAGAGGAGAGGGAGAUUUCGCAAGCUGUUCAACUCGUCGAAAUUAUUAAGCAACAAGUUCAAGAAGCUGUUUGGGGAUGCGUGUCUGAGGCAGGAUUCUAUAAAGUCAUUGCUGAUCUCGUGCUUCGAUUUGUUGACGGGGUCAGCGUUCAUGUUCUCGAGGUCCGACAUCGUGGAAUCCGAUGGCUUUAAUUUCCACAUCAAGGACAUCUGUGUCGCGACCUGCGCCGCGGAUCGAGCGACAGAGGUGAAGUCGGUGGAUAGAAGGACCUGGAUGAAAGCGAUGGGAGGAGGGAUUGGGAUGGGAAAUCCGACGGCGGCUGCAAUCACGCACGUGCUUACUAAUAAGAGGGAGUUUCCCUUCGUCGAUGGGGCGGAGGAUCGGUUGGUGGUGUCCCUGGGGAGCUCCAAGACGCUGAAUCUUUGCUGCGGGGAGGUUAAAUCGACAGCGAAGGUUGCGAGGAUUGCUGGCGAAGGAACGAUCGACGCUGUGGAUCAAUCAGCAACGAAGGUAGGAGGGAGAGCGGAGGGAUUGCAUGGUUAG